UAACAGUUUUGAAAUUGUACCCAAGUCUGUCUUUUGAAGAGUUUGUUAAUAAGUUUCUGAGUAUGUUUAAUAAUGGUUCUUGACGCAAUGGUUCAUAGAUUAUUUACAACUUUUUUCAUUAACUUUCUCAAGGCAACCAUGUAGAACAAAUCAGCCUUUUCCUAUUCGAAGCACCUUAAACACCCCUGGUUUUCAGUCCUCACAGACUUAGUACUCAUAAUCCCAAUAUCUAUUGUUCUAAAGAUUGCAUCUCCAGCCAACACGUUUUCACUCCCAGUGCAUAACAUUUUAUGCUAGGUGACAAAUCGUCAGUAUAUUAAGCCUUUGGCCACCUAACACAUCCCUAUAUUAAAAUGAGGAAACAUCAGAACUGUUUGCAAUAAAUCUACACAUGUACAUUUAUUUGACUUAAAUCGCUUUGGAAAACACUAUCUAACACGAUUAAGGUGGUGGUUAAAAUUAGGGAUAAGGUUAGGGUUAGGCCUGGAAUACACGGCUGGAACGUGUGUUACUGCGGGAGCGUCAUUCAAUUAGAUUUCAUCCACAAUCAGGCACAUUACAUAGGAACGUGGAAGGUCACCUUUCGCAUUCCCUGGAAAGCCUCGGGACGUGACAAAUCGUCUUUAUAUUACGCAUCGGGAGUGAGAGCGGGCUGCCCUAGGUGGAGUAUAAAUUGCCAUCUACUUUUCCUCAGAUCCACCAUUAGAGCCAAAACACCUGAACCCCGUCCCUCCAUGCCUCAAGUGUAGUACGAUCUUGCAGAAGUGUUUGACAAAGCUUGGUGCUGGGUUUUUUUUCAUGGCAAAGAAAAAAUCAAGGUCACAAACAAGUACCCCUCACCCCUCCUGUAAACUGAAUUGGAACUCUUACAAGGCAACACCGUUUUCACUAAACUGGACCUUCGAAAUGCCUAUUACUUGGUAAGGAUUAAAGAGGGAGACAAAUUUAAAACAGCAUUCAAACACAUCUUGCGCACUUUGAAUACCUUGUUAUAGCAUUUUGUUUAACCAGUGCUCUGGCAGUUUCCCAUUCCCUUGGAAAUAAUGUGCUUCAAGACUUCAUUAAUCACUUUGUCUUUGUUUAGUUUGAUGAUAUUCUCAUUUCCUCUAAGACCCUCCAUCAUCAUUAAAGCCAUGGCUGUUUGGUCCUCUAGCACCAUCUUAAGAACUGGCUCUAUGUUAGCGGUGAGAAAUGUGAGUUUCACGCAGACUCUGUUUCAUUCCUUGUUUUCAUUGUGGUAAGGACAACUCAAAUCUGACCCUGUAAAACACCAAUUUUCUACAGUGCAGUUUUGAGAUUCCUUUCCAGGCGCCUCAACUCCCACCCACACUGUCAAGUAACCUCAAUAGGUCGCCUAAUAGGGUGAUGCAAGUCUCACAAUGGUUUCACCUGAAACCUGUGGUGAUACUGACCCAUGCCUUUUUUCACACAUUGGUUCAGAAGGGUUGGCUGUGUACAAAAACAUUCGUUUACGAACUGAGAAACUGGGAUCGAAUUAUACUGGUCCCUUUGAGUUGACUCUAUCAUUACUCCUGUCUCUGUCUGGUUGAAAUGACCACAAAACAGGAAAAUUCACCAUGUUUUCCAUGUCUCACAGUCUAGACCAGUCCAUUGGCUCCUCACAAUUUUGAAAGUUUCUUUGCCUUGCCUGCAAAAGAGUAUCUUACCUGCUUUUCCUGUGCUCAGAUUUGCUUGGAGGACCUGUGGAUACAGAUUUGUGAGCAGCCUGUUGUCUGUAAGUAAACGUUUGGAAUUGAAAUGGUUUGGAUUCCAAGGAAAACCCAGACGGUGACUAGAACUCUCACUCCUGUUGUUCGUUUGGAUAUUGUAGUUGAAAAUUAACUUUAAAUAAAUACAUGGAACUAUGACCUGGAGCCUGCAUUUGAGUCCUGCCUGUUCCUAGAACCUCGAUGCAAAGUGCCUAUAUAACACCAGACUUCAAUGUACGCACACAAGUCAAAACAGUGAAGAAGUAUGAGGUCUCUCACUGGGUGUAUUCUGUUCAGUCUGGCGACUGCAGUUCUCUCUGUGCCGCUUUCUGAAGUUUCUAUGGAAGAUGAAAGUUUUGCAAAGAACUACCUGAAGAAAUUCUUCAACCUCACAGAGGAGGAGGGUCCAGCUGUCAGAAGGGGCAUCAGCCCACUGAACAAGAAGCUGGCUGAGAUGCAGAGAUUCUUUGGUCUCAAGAUCACCGGGUCUCUGGAUGCUGACACUUUGGCCAUGAUGAAGAAGCCCCGCUGUGGGGUUCCCGAUGAACAGGUCGCUCGUUUCUCCAUCUUUGGAAAUAACUUCAAAUGGCAGAAACGCAGCCUCACAUACAGGAUAGAGAACUACACACCUGACAUGUCUGUGGCAGAGGUGGAUUACUCCAUAGACAAAGCUCUGCAGGUGUGGGCCAAAGUCACUCCACUGAAGUUCCAAAGGAUCUACAGCGGCAUUGCUGAUAUUAUGAUCUCUUUUGUUCGCUGGGAACAUGGUGAUUAUAAUUCCUUUGAUGGGCCCGGUAAGACUCUCGCCCACGCCUUUGCUCCCGGUGAUGGUCUUGGAGGGGAUGCCCAUUUUGACGAUGAUGAAUUUUUCACGUUCCGCUCAAACCGUGGCGUCGUCCUCUUCAUUGUCGCUGCCCAUGAGUUUGGUCACUCUCUGGGCUUAGCUCACUCCAAUGUCCCUGGUGCCCUAAUGUACCCAACGUACUCAUACAGAAACCCUGACACCUUUGUUCUGCCUCAGGAUGAUGUUAGGGGCAUUCAGUACCUCUAUGGUUCAAACUCUAGGAAGGAUCCCUCUGUGGAUGAUCCCAAACCUCCCACUACUCCUGAUGUCUGUGAUUCUACCAUGGUAUUGGAUGCUGUCACAACCCACAGAGGAGAGAUUAUCUUCUUCAAAGACAGCUUCUUGUGGCGUAGCUACCCUCAGAGCCAGACUCCACAGCAAAGCCUCAUCAGAAGCUUGUGGCCUAGUGCCCCUGUGGACAUCGAUGCUGCGUAUGAGAGCCGACAGUUAGACACAGUGUUUCUGUUCAAAGGUCGCAAAGUGUGGGCCUUCACUGGCAACCAGCCCGUGCGGGGCUACCCUAAAACACUAACUGCUUUUGGUCUGCCAAAAGCAGUGAGGAAAGUCGAUGCUGCCCUUCAUGAUGUAAACUCUGGCAAAACCCUCUUCUUUGUAGGCAACAGUUACUUCAGUUAUGAUGAGUCCAGAAAGACUAUGGAGCAGGGAUAUCCCAGACUGGUGAAUCAGGCCUUUACAGGCCUGACCAGAAGAGUUACGGCAGCUUUCCAGCACAAAGGUUUUACUUACAUUUACAGUGGACCCUACAUGUAUGAGUACGACUUGGGGACUGGGACACUGCACCGUGUGUUGAGGAACAGUUACUUCCUGCGCUGCACGAACUCCUAGACGAUUCGGUCUUUGUUUUUACAGUAUGUAGUAAUUGUGCAAACUAAGACAAAAAUCUGUAAAAUCUGUAAACAAAGCGUACAGUAUUAUUCAAGUACUUCACUGAAAAUUUUUAAACUGCACUUUUCUCAAUUUCUUUUUAAAUAUAUAAUAAAAGUGGGGCUUAAGGAAUCAGUACUAUGAUCUAUAAAUAUAUGAUCUACACAUCCUUGCCUCUGCUAAAUUAUUUUGAUCCCAGAUGGACACGAAAUUGAACCACAGACCAAGUAGUAUUAUGUUAAAGGGGGAUUGAAUACUGGCAGGUUAGUAGCAUUGUGCUAUAGCGGCAGAAGGUAUGAGAUUGAUGAGCACUGCGUUAAGUAAUUUUGAGAAUAUUUUAUUGACCUUCUAAAUGCAGCUUCAAAUGUAUUUUCUAAACGUGUUUUGUUGUAAUUGCUCAAAUGACUUCAUUUUAAAAGGAGAAUUCACUAAUAAAUACACUAAAUGAC